ACUGAAACAGGAACUAACAAAAAGCAGGCGGUGAACGGGAAAUUAACAAAGCCUAACUGUCACACAGAGCAUGACAAAUUAUGUUGCAAACAUGGGGAACUAUUUCAGACAAACGUGGGCUAUUCUCAUUUAAACGCUUAUCGUUCAUGUAGGAACCAAAUAAUUUAAUUGAAACGGAACUUUCAUCUGCGUCACGUUUCUCGUCGGGCACAGUUUGUUGCGGUAGUAUUCAAAGAGACAGAAUGAAAGCAGCGCAUAUUAUCUAGUUAAAUGCUAAACUUAAAUUUUUUACUUAAUUUAAAGCGGUGCUGACAUUUAAACGUGGCCCAUAAAAUGUUACGUUCAUUCUUUUGUGUUUCUCUUGUGUGUUUGCUGUUCGUGACCGCGACAGAAGAAGAUGACGGCAUGGUGCUCAUCCCUGCAGGGAAGAUGGUGAUGAAGGCCGCCAAUGAGGAGGAGUCCGUUCAACUUGAGUCUUUUUACUUGGACAAACAUCCUGUCACCAACUCUGCCUUCAGAGCCUUUGUAAGGGAACAGAAGUAUAAAACGGAAGCUGAGAAGUUUGGAUGGAGUUUUGUCUUCCAGGAUUUUGUUUCUGAGGACCUGAAGAGCAAAAUAACACAGAGGAUUGAGUCAGCUCCGUGGUGGCUUCCUGUUGAACGAGUCUUUUGGCGACAGCCCUCAGGUCCUGGUUCUGGCAUUGGAGAGCGCCUGGACUUCCCGGUGGUUCAGGUGAGCUGGAAUGAUGCCCAGGCCUUCUGUAGCUGGAAAGGAAAGAGGCUGCCCAGCGAGGAGGAGUGGGAGUGGGCGGCACGCGGGGGGCUGCAAGGGCGGACUUUUCCGUGGGGGAACAAGUACCAGACCAACAGAAGCAACCUGUGGCAGGGGUCCUUCCCAGACAGGGACACAGCAGAGGACGGCUACCAUGGCGUGUCCCCCGUCACUGCCUUCCCUCCUCAGAACAACUUUGGUCUCUUGGACAUGAUCGGAAACACGUGGGAGUGGACAUCUAGCUCCUUCCCGGGGGCGCGACCCAUGUUCGUGCUGCGUGGUGGUUCUUGGAUUGACACGGCGGACGGCUCGGCCAAUCACAGGGCGACAGUCACCACCAGAAUGGGUAACACCCCCGAUUCUGCCUCUGAUAACCUGGGAUUCAGGUGCGCCUCCAGUGGCGGGAAAAGGAAACGGCACAGAGAACUGUAGUAUGACGAUGACGAGAAGGCUAUCGAGGAUGAUGAGGAUAAUGACUGAGAAAGAGGAUGAUAAGGGCUAUGACAAUGGGAACUAUGAGAUGACAAUGGGAACUAUGAGGUGACAAUGGAAACUAUGAGGUGACAAUGGGAACUAUGAGGUAACAAUGGGCAUGACCAUGAGAAUGAUGAUGAUGGCAUCCAAGAAACUUGCUGGCUCAGCUCUGCUGUCACUCACAUGACUUGAACCAGGAAGUCUCUCACACACGUUGGAGUAUUGUGGCCACAUUGGAAAAAAAAAAACAAAAUUUGGCAUUUCAAGAAUAAAGUCAGAAAUUUAAGAGAAAAAAGUUGUAAACUUACGCGAAUAAUGUUGUCAAUCUACGAGGAAAAGCUCUAAUAUUACGAGAAAAAAAUUGCACAUUUACAAGAACAAAGUUGUAUAGUCACAAGAUUAAAGUAGUAUAUUUACUAGAAAAAACAGUAAUUUAUGAAAAUAAAGCAUUCAAUUCACGAGAAAAAAAAGUUGUAAAUUUACAAGAUUAAAGUAGUAAAUUUACUAGAAAAAAGUAAUUUACAAAAAAAGUGGUAAAUUUAGUAGAAAGUAGUCAUAAUAUGAGAAUGAAGUAAUAAUAUCGAGAGAAAGUUGUAUUUAUAAAAAGACAAAUUUACAAGAAAAGUCAUAAUUAUAGGAAUAACGCAAAGUUUAUAAGAAAAAAAGUUGUAAUUUACAGGAAUAAAGUCAUAAAUUUCCGAGAAAGUCGUACAUUUUCUAGAUAAUUUGUAAAUUUCUGAGAAAAAAGUCGUAAUUCACAAUAAUGAAGUCGUACAUUUCUGAGCACAAAGUCAAACAUUUAUGAGAUAAAUUUUUGAGAAAAAGUUUGUAGUUUACAAGAAUAGUUGUAAAGGUAUGAGGAAAAAAAUUUAAAUUCACAAGAAAGUCCUACAUUUACUCGAUAAAAGUCGUAAAAGUUUUAAUUUACAAUAGUUGUAAAGUCGUAAAUUUGCAAGAAAAUAAAAUUUACUAUUUUUACUAUAAAAAUGGAAAUUUACUAGAUAAAUUUAUGAGAAAAAAGUUGAAAUGUACAAUAAUGAAUUUGAAAAUUUCCAGUAUGUUAUAAAUUUCGUAACGUUUUCAUAAUUCAUACCGUGGCACAAACAGAUUAGCAUGUCUUGCAUUUCUCACUUUCACCUUAAUGACCACGCCCCCUUUGUCUGCCCAAGGGCAAAGGUCAUAUGAGUUCCCCAUUUCAUAGCUGUCUCAGACGAUGCCUGUAACAGAGUUUUUAGAGUUAGUGUUUAUUAUUGUUAAUUAUUAUUAUGCUUUAUUCUCAAAAUCAGAUUUGAUUUUCCUAUGUGGCCUUAAUACUCGUGUGCAAAAGUAUUGGGCCACCAUGAGCUUUGUUGUUUGCACCACCCCUGCAUCAUAAUGGUACAGCCCAUCUUCCAGAUAUUGCAUAAACCAGGAAGUAAUGCAGAAGAGUAACUCAUAUUAUACUUUUAACCUUUGACCCUUGGUGGAGGUCUGCACUCUACAUUGUUGUGAGGUGGUGGUCUUAGCAUUGACAACAUGUCAUGGUGGCCCAAGACUUUUGUACGCGAUGUUUGAUGCUGCUGAUCUGUUGACAGGAAUUCUUGUUUUACCUCCAGCCUGUUUGUUUACACUUUUACUUCAUGGAAGGUAAAUGUACACAUUUGUCAUUCUGCAA